AUGUCUAGCAGUACUACCGCUCCCAAGACCGCGUCGCCACGCGCUCCUGCCGCCUCCUCGAGAGCAACCGCGGCUACGGCUACUUCUGCCUCGAGACGCUCAGCUACAGGGCCUACGACAACCUCGACCGGUCGAACGACAACCACCGCUGGCCUCAGCAAGCCACCUACGCGCCCACCUACGUCGGUGACAGCGACGGCCGGCACUGCACGUCGCCCGACCUCCUCCUCAACCACCGCUACACACCGCAGUCACCCCAGUGUCAGUGCCAGCGAAGAUGAGAGGAAGCCCGCUACCUCGACUGCUACCGCUAGGCGUGCGAGCGGCGUCAUGACCAGCCCGGGCAAGUCCACAACCGAGAGAAAGCCAGCUGUCCCUACGGCAGGCACUGCUAGGAAACCUGUUACUGCGGCCAGUUCUACCGCCAGUAGAUCUUCUCUCUCCGGAACCGCGGCUCGCACGACCACUGCUCGCUCUACACCCACGGCCGUAACACCUACGGCGAAGAGACUUUCCACUGCCGGCGGCAUCUCUUCGCCCGCGGGACCUCGCCUUGCCGCCCGCCCUGCGUCGCGAGCCGGCACCCCCAACGAUGCGUCUCGGGAGAUCGAACAGCUCAAGACGGAGCUUGCUUCUAAGGAGGAGGAGAUUGCUUCGCUGAACGGUCAGGUUAAGGCUUCUGAAGUCACCAUUUCCGAACUCCGUGACCAGGCCGACAAGCCUUCCGAAACCGCCGAAACCAUAGCACCCGCGCAAGAUGAGGGUGCCAUUGCUGCACUCAAGUCGGAGCACGAAGCGAGUAUUUCUGCCCUAGAAGCGCAACUUGGCGAGGCCCUGGACGCCCGUCAAGCCCUCGAGGCUAACUUAGAAGAGAAGUCGAAGGCUCUUGACGAGGCCACGGCCAGCCUUGCUCAGACUCAAUCCGGCGCAUCUGACAAUGAUAGCGCUUUAGCUGAGCUCAAAGCCGGCCACGAAGCUUCCGUUGCUGAGCUAGAAAAGAAGAUUGAGGAGCUGACCGCUGUCAAUGCUACUCUAACCGCUGCCAGCGGGGAUAAGACCAAGUCUGACGAGCAGCUGGCUGCUCUCCAAGCCGAGCUUGACAGCGUCAAGGCGGAGCUGAGCGACGCCAACCAGAGCGCCGAUCAAGCAUCGGCUAGUGUGACCACGGAGCUGCAGAAGGAGCUUGAGGCCAAGACUGCAGAGCUGGCCUCGAUAAACGAUACCCUGGAGCAGCUGCAGCAGAAGAACAGCGAUAUUCAGACCACACUCGCUGAUAAAGAUGACGACAUUGCGAAGCUCAAAACUAUGCAUGAUGUGCGCAUGAAGCAACUUUCUCAGGACUAUGAAAAUGAAAUUGAGAGCCUACGUGGCGAUGCAUUCUUCAAGCGCAAGUACGAGGAGCUCGAGAAGCAGCAUGAAACUCUCCAGGCGUCUUCCACUGAGCUCGAAGAGAAACAUGCUUCCCUCAAAACCUCGUCUGCCGAAGCCGCCGAGGCACACGCUAAGGAACUUGCUGAUGCCAAGGCUCUGCAUGGCGACGACGUCGCCGCUUUUGAAACUAAGAGCGCCGAGCACCAAAAAGCUCUAGAUGACCUUCACGAGAACCACGCCAAAGAGCUCGCCGGCGCCAAAGCUGAUGUCUCCUCUGCGAGCGAAUCUCACCUUGAGACCCUGGAAUCUCUGAAGACUGAGCAUCAAGCUGCAUUGGCCCAGUUGCGCGAAACUCACGCCAAGGAGCUCGAGGCCACCAAAGCCGACGCUUCUACGGCCCACGAGUCUCAUGCUCUCAGCCUUGAUGCUCUCAAGGCUGAGCACGAAAAAGUGUUGACCGAGUUGCGCAACAGUCAUGCCGAGGAACUUCAGGCCACCAAGACAGAUGUCUCAUCAGCCAACGAAUCGCACGUUCAAGCCACCGAUGCUCUCAAGGCCGAACAUGAAAAUACCCUGAUCGAAUUGCGCAACAAUCACGCCAAGGAACUUGAGGCGGCCAAGACUGAUGCUUCAUCUGCUGACGCAUCGCACACAACCAGUAUUGAUGCUCUUAAAGCUGAACACGAAACCGCCUUGACCGAACUGCGCAGCAGCCACGCCAGUGAGCUCGACGCUGCUAAAACCGAGACUGCCUCAGCCAGUGAAGCUCAUCUGGGGGCUAUUGAAGCUCUCAAGUCCGAGCACCAGCAAGCCAUUGAUGAGCUUCGCGAGACUCAUGCUCAGAAACUCAAGGCCGCCGAGACUGAUGUUUCCACUGCCAAUGGAGCCCACCAGGAGAGCCUAGACGUCCUCAAGACGGAGCAUCAGAAGAUGAUUGAUGAUCUUGGUCAGGCACAGGCUGAUGCGCUAUCAGCGGCUCAACGCGAUGCCGAGGCUGCGGCGUAUGAGAAGCAUCAGGCGGGCACUCAGGCUAUCGUGGCCAAGCACGAGGAGGCUCUCAAUGAGUUGCGUGAUAGCCAUGCCAAGGAAAUUGAGGCUGUCAAGGCCGAAGCUUCCUCCGCAAGUGAGACUCAGCUUGACAUCGAAGCACUCAAGACCCAGCACGAAAAGACAGUGUCCGACUUACGUGACAGCCAUGCUCUGGAAUUGGCUGCUGCCAAGUCCGAGGCUACCUCAGCCAAUGGCAUGCAUCUCGAGAGCCUGGAAGCGCUGAAGGCCGAUCAUGCCAAGGAGCUUACCGAGGUCAAGGAUGGCCACACCAAAGCGCUUGACGAGGCCAACACAAAACUUCAAACCGCCCUCGAGGCCGCCAAGGCCGAGCACCAGAGCAAGUUUGAUCAGGCGUCCACUGAGCAUGAACAAGAGCUGGAAAAGCUAAAGGCACAGCACCUAGAGCAACUAAAUGUCGCUAAAGGUGACACUGACGCUGCACACACUGCCAAGAUAGAGCAACUAAUGGCUACUCAUGCCGAAGCUUUGGAUAUUCUCCAGAGGGAAAAGGCAGAAACCAGCGAGAGAUUGCUGUCGCUCGAGUCUGACUCUGCUUCCUACAAGGACGAAGCUGGAAAGAAGCACGCGGAGGAACUGGCUGCUCUCAAGGCAGAGCUUGAAGCUUCUCAAGCCGCACUGAAGGAACUUGAGGACAACGGAGAUCGCGCUCUUGAGUCUGCCCGCCUUGAGCUUGAGGAAAGCCACGCGAACGAAGUUGAGAAGCUCAUCAACAUGCACCAAGAUGCCAUGGAUGCCAUGAAGACACACGGUGACAAUACGCGCAAGGACAUGGAGGAACUGACGGCCCUGCACUCAAAGACGAUAGAGGAUGUCAUGGCGGAGCACCGCCAGACUACCGCCAGCCUAGAAGACAAGGUUGCCGCCCACACUGCAUCCAACACAGAGCUGCAGGAGGCCCUAGGAUCAGCCAAGGAAGCAUUGAGUAAAGCCCAGGAUGAAAUCGAGGAUAUUAGCCAACAGCUUGCCCAUGGCAAAGUGGAGCUUAUGACUGCUCUCGCGGAAUUGGACGCUGUCAAAAGUGCCAAGCCCGAUACUUCUGCUUUGGACUCGUUGAAGCGGGAAAUGGAGACGUCAAAGCAGGAAUUCGAGCAACACCUUGCUUCCGCCACUGAAGAGAUCAAGAGCAAGCAAGGCGAGCUUGAUGACGCCGUUGCAAAACUCGGCAAGUCUGAUGAGAGUGGUCGGCAGAUUCAGCAGGAGCUCGAGGUCCUACGGGCAGAAGCUGCCACCAAAGAGCAGACUGCCAAGUCUGACUACCGCGAUCUUAACGAUAGCAUGACGGCUCUCGUCGAAGAGGUUUCGAAUAAGGCCAAGAAGCUCGAGUCGGAGCUGGAGGAGACAGCUGCCAAGCUUCAGUCGUCGGAGAAGAGGCUUGAGGAGCUACAGGCCCAGGUGAAUGUCAAGGAUGCUGAGUUGGCCGAAGCAAAGGCGAAGGAAAAACCGAGCAAGCCGAAAGGCCUGGCGGGCAGCAGGUUUGCCAGCGGUGGCGACGAUGACAAGGAAAACGUGGCAACGGAAGACGGGACCUCUCAAGGUGAGGCGGACGAUGAUCACUCCUCAUUAGCACUGGCAUCGCUGUCCAAGGCCCGGUUGACGGCUAAGCAAAUUGAUGCCCUUGACCGCGAGAUGAGGGAUCGCAACCUACAGUUAGUUGGUGUCCAAGGCGCGUCUUCGUCAACUCCUACAUGCUAA